AUGGAGUAAUAGAAUAACUCUUUAAAUAUUCUAUAAGAUUUAAUGAAAUCUGACUUGAAAGCUCUAACUAGUAUUGACUUACAGUUAAAAAAUUGUACUCUUAACAAUACAUAAGUUGCUUAGCUUAACAAUUCUUUAGUAUAAUGCUAAAAAUUAGAAUCUUUAGUAUUAAAUCUUAAUAAAGAAAAUAUUUCAGAUGAUUAGAUAAGUCAAUUAUUUAAUUAAUAUUCCUACAUAAAGGACUUUGUUGAAACUGAUAAUAAUGUGAGCAAUGAUUAAAUAUAUUGUCAAAUUUAGUUUUUCCAAAGUAUUUUUUACAAAGGAUCUGAAGAUUUUCAAGAGCUUAGAUUAAAUGAUAUUGAAGCUUAAGGAAAUAUUCUAUUAGAAGAAACUAUGAGCAAUCUAAUUAAUCUUAACAGUUUAUAGCUAAAUUUAGAUGGAAAUUUAUUAGGAGAUGGAGGUGUAAUUUGGAUUUGCGAAUUAUUACAUAGAUGCUAAACGAUUAGUAACUUAAAUCUGCAGCUUUGGAAAAAUAAAAUAGGUGACAGAGGGAUAUUGAGUAUUGCAGAAGGUAUUAGUAGUUGUACUAAACUCACAACUUUAACUUUAAAUGCAGUUGCUAAUUUAUUUGGAAAAGAAGGUGCAUUUUCUAUAAGUAAGAUAUUAAGUAGUUGUAAAAUGUUGACUCAUCUAGAUAUUAACCUCUCUAACAAUUAAAUUGGAGAAGAAGGAACAUCAGCUAUCUGUUAAGAACUAGGUAGCUGUUAAUUACUUAAGAAUUUAAAAAUUGCACUAUGUAAUAAUUAAAUUGGGGAUGGAGGAGCUUAUUGUUUUGGAAUAGCAUUAAGUAACUUACAGUUACUUAUUAGUUUAAAAUUUUGUCUUAGGCAAAAUAAAAUCUCUGAUUAGGGAGCAUCAAAUAUUGGAUUAGGUUUGAGUAAAUGUAAUCAACUUAAGAAUUUAGAUAUUCAAAUGGAAUUGAAUUAAAUUGGAAAUAAUGGAGCUUCUGCUAUUGGUAGUGCUAUUGGUAGCUGUAAAUUCCUUGUAAAUCUCUAAGUUUGGAUUUAUGGAAAUAAAAUUGGAGAUGACGGAGCCUAAAAUAUUGGAUUAGGCUUAAAAAAAUGUACUCAAAUUACAAAUUUAAUAUUUGAUUUAAGCUAAAAUUAAAUUUGGGAUGAUGGGACUUAUACUAUUGGCAAAGCACUUUGUGACUGUAAAUUCCUUACAAAUCUCAACUUUUCAAUUUGGGGCAAUAAAAUAGGUGAUAAAGGAGCAUAAAAUAUUGGAUUAGGUUUGAGUAACUGUAUUCAACUUACUAAUUUAAUAUUUAACAUAGGCUAAAAUUAAAUUGGGGAUGAUGGAGCUUCUACUAUUGGUACAGCAAUUGGUAAUUGCAAAUUCCUAAAUAGUCUCAAAUUUUACAUUUGGGGCAAUAAAAUAGGUGAUAAAGGAGCAUAAAAUAUUGGAUUAGGCUUGAGUAACUGCACUCAACUUACAAAUUUAGAAUUUGUAAUAAGCUAAAAUUAAAUUGGGGAUGAUGGAGCUUCUACUUUUGGUACAGCGUUUGGUAACUAUAAAUUCCUAACUAAUCUCAAAUUUUACAUUUGUCAAAAUAAAAUUGGUGAUUAAGGAGCAUAAAAUAUUGGAUUAGGCUUGAGUAACUGCUCUCAACUUACAAAUUUAGAAUUUGUAAUAAGCUAAAAUUAAAUUGGGGAUGAUGGAGUUUCUACUAUUGGUAAAGCACUUGGUAAUUGCAAAUUCUUAACUAAUCUCAAAUUUAGCAUUUGGGAAAAUAAAAUUGGUGAUAAAGGAGCAUAAAAUAUUGGAUUAGGUUUGAGUAACUGCAAUCAACUUUCAAAUUUAGAAUUAGCAAUUGGCUAAAAUUAAAUUGGGGAUGAUGGGGCUUCUACUAUUGGUAAAGCACUUGGUAAUUGCAAAUUACUAACUAGUCUCUAAUUUUUCAUUUGGGGCAAUAAAAUAGGUGAUAAAGGAGCAUAAAAUAUAGGAUUAGGCUUGAGUAACUGCACUCAACUUAAAUAUUUAGAAUUUUAGAUAAACUCAAAUUAAAUUGGGGAUGAUGGAGCUUCUACUAUUGGUACAGCACUUGGUAAUUGCAAAUUCUUAACUAGUCUCUCAUUUUACAUUGGGGGCAAUAAAAUAGGUGAUAAAGGAGCAUAAAAUAUUGGAUUAGGCUUGAGUAACUGCACCAAACUAACAAAUUUAGAAUUUGCAAUAAACUAAAAUUAAAUUGGGGAUGAUGGAGCUUCUACUAUUGGUACAGCACUUGGUAAUUGUAAAUUCCUAACUAGUCUCAAAUUUUACAUUUGGGGCAAUAAAAUAGGUGAUAAAGGAGCAUAAAAUAUUGGAUUAGUCUUGAGUAACUGCACUCAACUUACAAAUUUAGAAUUUGCAAUAGGCUAAAAUUAAAUUGGGGAUGAUGGAGCUUCUACUAUUGGAACAACGUUUGGUAGCUAUAAAUUCCUAACUAACCUCAAAUUUUACAUUUGUCAAAAUAAAAUUGGUGAUAAAGGAGCAUAAAAUAUUGGAUUAGGCUUGAGUAACUGCACUGGACUUACAAAUUUAGAAUUUGAAAUAAACUAAAAUUAAAUUGGAGAUGAUGGAGCUUCUACUAUUAUUACAGCACUUAGUAAUUGCAAAUUCCUAACUAAUCUCAAAUUAUACAUAAAGGGUAAUAAAAUCAGUGAUAAAGGAGCAUAAAAUAUUGGAUUAGGUUUGAACAACUGCACUUAACUUACAAAUUUAAUUUUUAGCUCAGAUAAUAAUGAGAAUUUUCUAAAAUCCAGAGAAAUUAUCAACUGUAAAAAUAUAAAGUUAUUGAAUCUAUCUAUAAAUGAAUUACCUGAAUAAAGAAAAACGGAAAUCAAAAGAUUAGCUUAAAAAAUAAAAAGAUUAGUAAAAUUUAAUAUAGACUGA